GGGCGGGCGCAAGGAAGGAGUGGCGGGGCGGCUCCUUGACCCAAAGGAGAGAGAUUUUAAAGACGGGGGUCGAAGAGGCAGCAGAGGCGGCAAAUAAGGACGUCGGACGGAGUGGGAGACCUUUAAACCGUUUUAAGAAUCGCCCAGAAAUCUGUACCGAUUCUCGUACCGUCUGUGAAAGAGAGAGGCGAGAGCAGACGACAGGGUGGAAGCGAGGAGGACAGGAGAAGUCCGACGAAGGAACCGAGGGGAACAGAAAAAAGACGAGAGAGAGAGAGAGAGAGAGAGGGAAGCAAGGAAGGAAGUAGAAAAAGGUAAUUUCUAGCCAUUUUUUUUAAGGAGUAACAGAGCUGCGCAUUCAGUAAAGAACAAAUAGAUAAAAAGGGGAGAAUUGAAAAAUAGAAAAGUCAGAAGAGGAGGAGGAGGCUGGCGGUGUCCUGCACACAGUAGAAGAAAAUAACUGUGUAACAGGAAAGCAAGGAGAGAGAAAGAUAAAUACAUUUUCCAGGGCUGUGUAGGAAAGGCCUGAGAUCCCCAUGGCGGCCCCGACGGGAGUGGAGCACUUUGCCGAGGACCUGAUCUGCUCCAUCUGCCUGGAGCUCUUCCGGGACCCCGUGAUGCUGGAAUGCGGGCACAACUAUUGCCAGCCUUGCAUCGCCCGCUACUGGGCAGAGGUGCCCGGCGGCGGAGGCAGCGGCGGCAGCAGCAGCAGUAGCAGCAGCGACGGGGAGGACGCGCCUCUGCCCACGUGCCCGGAGUGCCGCCGGGAGAUCCCGGGGGGGAAAUUCACGGCCAACCGCGUCCUGGGCCAGCUGGCGCGGAAGACCCUGGAGACUCUGUCCGCCCGGGCGAGUGACGAAGACGCCGAGCCCGACGGGCUGCUGGACGACGAAGUGCAGGGAGAGCUGCGCUUCUGCGCCGACGACGGCUGCCUGGUGAGGGCGCUGCAGCCGGAUCACUGGGGGCACCAGUGCAUCCCUUUGGACGGGGCUGUGGAGCGCUACAAGGUCGGUAGGCGGCGCUCAAGCAUCCUAUAGUGCUAGAUCAUAGAAUCCUAGAGUUGGGUUCCAAGGGUCAUCUAGUCCAACCCCCUGCAAUGCAGAAAUCUCAGAUAAAGCAUCCAGGGUGGAUCAGACUUCCCCCAUCCUAGUGCCAUCCAGCUGCCUUUGAAUACUCAAAUGUGGAAGAACUGUGGACUGGGUUCAGUUACUGAGCCUGAAAACAACCCCCUAGCUUCCAAACCCCCAGCCUAGGCUUUUAUUUAACUGUGAGUCUUUGGGAGAUCUUGGGGUUUAAAGGGGGGAAAAUGGGCUAGAUCUGACACUCAUCCGCUUUUAGGCAAUGAUGCCUAUUACUUAACUGGCUUCCAAAAAAUGGCAAGACAGCAGGGCUGAACUGGGUGGCUGUGGUGCUUCUGUUUAUUGCACUGAGCGGGACCUGGGAUUUCUGCCCCAAACUUCUACCCUGUUGCACAACCGCCUGUUGUUGCUGGCUGCAGUAGCCUGUUGUGCCACUAGGGGGUGCCAUGCCAUUUCGCUACUUGCACUGCGUAGGACCGUCCAGUUUUCAGCGUCAGUCAAUGCAACCAGAAUUCUGCUUUGCCGGACGUUAUAGCUUAAUUUUUGCAGCUCAGCAAAUUUGUAUACCACCCUUCGUCUGUAGAGCUCAGAGUGGUACUCAACAUAGAUAGGAAAGAGCUGACCUUUGGGUCUCUUAUAUAUUAGCUUAAUAUGUGUGGGGAGUUUAAGAGAAAGAAAGAAGAAUAAGCUUCACGAAGCUUUUAAGCAAUGAGUUCCUUACCUUUUGGUCUGAUGUGUUGCAAUCUCCAUGGGGCUGUUCCCCAUGAUUAAUCUGAAUGUGCAAUUUAUUCUAUGAUACCUAUGAUACCUGUGGGUCUCAGAGUGGAAGAAUGGCUCACACAUCACCUGACCAUUACUCAUUUUUGAGAAAAAAAGGAUGCCUGUUACUUGAGCCUUGAGCUCAGUUUCACAACUCUAGGCAAACAGUCUUUCCUAGAUGUGAUUCAGAGUUGCACAUGAUCAUCUCAAGCUGCUUUAGCUGUAUGUUUCCAAACAUCUCCCCUAGCUGUGAUGCCCUGGAGUCGGCUGCAAUUCACUCAGUGGAUCCCUUCAGUUUCAGGUCCAGGUACCUUGCCACUCUUUGGACUGCUUCCCUGACUACUCCUCCUCCUCCUCCUCCUCCUCCUCCUCCUUCUUCUUCUUCUUCUUCUUAAAAAAGUUUUUAUUGUUAAAAUGAUUCAGCAUUAAUACACAUAUAUUGUGAAUAUACAAACAUACAUUUCAUACAAUCCUUAAAAAUGUUCAAACAUACCUACACUCAAUCCCACAGAUAAUUCCUUUUCCCAUCACCAUCCACCACCCCUCACCCCACCUUUGUGUUAGACUUCCAAUCUACUCAACUGCAAUUUCUUUCCACUUCUAUUACUUUCUUUCACACACCUUUAACCUAAUUUCAUGCUUCUUUUUCUAUUACACAUUGUUAUCCAUCUUAUUUGGUAUUCCAGUAUUUAAAACGGAACUUGUUUAUUCUAAUAAGAAUUCUGAUUUUUCAAUAUGGUUUUGCAAGUAUCCUUUAAACACCUUCCAGUCCCUGUCUAUCUUCUCUUUUGAGAUCCUUCCAAUUUCUCCCAUUGUUUUGGAUAUAUUGUAGUCCUCCCUGACUUUCUUUGUUGGUGAGCUGGUUUGCAUUAACUCUGAGCCCUGGCACCUCUGGGUGUGCAUUGCCUUCUUGCUCAAGCUGUUGCAAGCGUUGAUCACUUGUAGAGUCAUUAAAAUCAGGCGAGACAUCGCUACGUGCUGGGCAGUUGUAACUCAGGUUGAUGGAUUCGUUAAAUACAGUAUGCAGUUUAAUAAAUACAGGCUUCACUCAAAAAAUGGCAGCGUCUGGUGAAAAGGAGCACGCCAAAUUUGGAAAGGGGGUGGGAAAAGAAAGGAUUGCAGGCCAUUUAUUUUGAAGAGGGUGUCGUUCAUGUUGCUGGAACCACUUCUAAUUUAGUGUUGCUGUACAUCCAGAAUCUCCCGGACAUAGACUUCAUAAGCAGCAUCCGGGUGGAAAUCGCUGAAUUGUCUGGGAAAAUCCGGACAUAUGGCAGCCCAUGUCGGCAGUGUAGAUUUUGGUGAAUUGCGUUAAAAUUAAAGCUCAAAAUAUUGGCCAAAAACAAAACAAACAAACAAAAACCUCUUUCACUUUUUGAAACAUUGCCAGGGAGAAAGUCAUGCCCUAUUAAUAACAACAAACUGGGUGUGUUUCUUUGAGAGACGGAUCCCAGCAUAAAGUUUAUGUCUCCUCUAAUGGCAGGUAAAGUGGGCUAAUGUUGGCUUUUGGUUUUCCAGAAACUCCCCCCCCCCAAUUCCAAGCAAGCAAAAAAUAAAACAAAACCCCCUAACCAGGCUAUUGAUCGCUGUGGCUAGUGGCAACCCUACAUGAGCAGCAGUUGCCAAUGGAUUCUCAUUGCCCUUUUGUGUUCAUUCUUUGCCAUGUCUGUUUCCAUGCAGGAGGUCCUAACAGCUGCUCAGACGGUGCUGGAAUCCAGAGCCCAAGCGGCGAAAUUGCUGCAAGAGCAGAGUGCCCAGAAAUUUCCAGAAAUCUCUGUGAGUCCAAGCCUCUUUGAUGUUUCUGCCCUUGUUUCAUGGAGCCAAGCUGCAUGUUACUUUCAGCACACACGCUUUUGCUUUUUAAUGUGCAUUUAAUGCUUGGUUUGAAGUGUAAGAAAACAGCAGAAUCUAUUAAGAAACAUGUCCGAGAGGAUGACAUUAGAUGAAAUGGAACCUUAAAGUGCAAUUGCAUGUAAUUUGUGUUAUAAACAUCGAUGUCAGGUGAGCGGAAAGUCACUAGUUUUGUUGAAUUGGAAUAUAAUUGUUGAGUAACAAUUUUCUAUAUGGAAAAAAAGAAUAAAAUAUUAUUCUGAAGGAGCAUCUCCAUCCCCAUCAUUCAGGCCGGACACUGAGGUCCAGCUCCGAGGGUGUUCUGGCAGUUCCCUCACUGCGAGAAGUGAGGUUACAGGGAACCAGGCAGAGGGCCUUCUCAGUAGUGGUGCCCGUCCUGUGGAACUACCUCCCAUCAGAUGUCAAGGAGCUAAAGAACUAUCUGAUUUUUAGAAGACAUCUGAAGGCAGCCUGUUUAGGGAAGUUUUUAAUGACUGAUGUUUUAUUGUGUUUUUGAAAUUCUGUUGGGAGCCACCCAGAGUGUCUGAGGAGGCCUGGCCAGAUGAGUGGGGUAUAAUGAUGAUGAUGAUGAUGAUGAUAAUAAAUUUAUUAUUUAUACCCCACCCAUCUGGCUGAGUUUCCCCAGCCACUCUAGGCGGCUUCCAAUUGAGUGUUAAAAACAAUACAGCAUUAAAUAUUAAAAACUUCCCUAAACAGGGCUGCCUUCAGAUGUCUUUUAAAGAUAAGAUAGCUGCUUAUUUCCUUCACAUGUGAAGGGAGGGUGUUCCACAGGGCGGGCGCCACUACCGAGAAGGCCCUCUGUCUGGUUCCCUGUAAAUGAGGGAACUGCUAGAAGGCCCUCGGCACUGGAUCUCAGUAUAAGUAAUACAUUAUUAUUAUUAUUAUUAUUAAAAAAUGCAUGUAAUGUUGCUGCUACUUCUAAAUGAAGGAAAAAACAGCCAGUUCAGUCUGGGAGGGUAACUCUGGGCUGCUGGCUUCCUCCCACAAACAGUCCCUUUUCUCUAAGCACACUGGGGCUGCCAGAACAGAGCCAGUGUCCAUCGCUCACACAUCCUCCUUUCCCCACCAUUGCUGUUCCUUCUCAAGGCCCAGCGCCUCCGGCUGGAGCAGCACCUCUCGGCCCAGUUCACUGAGCUUCACCAGUGGCUCCAGGAGAAGGAGGCAGCGAUGAGGAGGGAGAUCCGGCGUGAGGAAGAGCUCCUCCUCAGCGAGCUGGAAAGGAACCAGCGCAACGGGCAGGAGCAAGUUCGCGCUGCUGAGGAACAAGUGGCCAAGAUCCAGGCACGGCUGGAGGAGCAGCUGGACCCCGAAGCCUUCCUGAAGGUCAGUGCGUCUCUGAACAAAUCUAUGGGGAGGGCAUCAUUUCUGGAUUGCAGGCAGGUAUGGUCUCCCAGAAGGGAUGCGGGUGGCGCUGUGGGUUAAACCACAGAGCCUAGGACUUGCAGAUCAGAAGGUCGGUGGUUCGAGUACCCGCGAUGGGGUGAGCUCCCGUUGCUCAGUUCCUGCUCCUGCCAACCUAGCAGUUCAAAAGCACGUCAAAGUGCAAGUAGAUAAAUAGGUACUGCUCCGGCGGGAAGGUAAACGGCAUUUCCGUGCACUGCUCUAGUUCGCCAGAAGCGGCUUAGUCAUGCUGGCCACAUGACCCGGAAGCUGUACGCCGGCUCCCUUGGCCAAUAAAGCAAAAUGAGUGCCGCAACCCCAGAGUCGGCCACGACUGGACCUAAUGGUCAGGGGUCCCUUUACCUUUUUAUGGUCUCCCAGAGGUACUUGAGAUCCUGCACAAAUCACGUAAACGAAAUAUGCUUGUGUCUCUUUGCUUUUUAUGAUCGAGCAGAAGGUAUGACAAAUCUGUACCUGUGUACAAAGGGGACGUAGGGGGAACUGUCACCUGCAAAGGAUGUGUAUUAAGAGGUGGAAAGUGGAGCCAAUGAAAUCUGCCCAUCAGGCGCGCCGAGUUUGUGGGUGCUUGGCACGUGUGUGUGAUGUCACACGCGUGCGUGAUGUCAUAUGUUGGCGCCGAAGCAGAAGGGCCCGAUGGAGCCCCCUGUCACAGCGGAAGGGCCCGACUGAAUGCCCCGCCACCACACCUUCUUGGUAGUUGUGCUCGCCCUGUGGAACGCCCUCCCAUCAGAUGUCAAGGGAUUAAACAACUAUUUGACUUUUAGAAGACAUCCGAAGGCAGCCCUGCUUAGGGAAGCUUUUAAUGUUUGAAGUUUUAUUGCUUUUUUGUUAUUAUUAUUAAUAUUCUAUUGGGAGCUGCCCAUAGUGGCAGGGAAACCAGCCAGAUGGGCAGGGAAAUUAAAUUAAAUUAAAAUAAAAUAAAAUAUAAGUAUAAAAAAAUAAUUAUUAGUUGCCCAGCCAGGCACCCAAAUUUGUGCGUGCCUUGGCACCCAUGAUCGCCCAGAAAUGGUGACUAUGCUGCCAGUGAUGCGAAGUUUGGAAGAACUGCAAACCCUUUUAGAGAGGGUGGGAUUAAUUAUUAAAUUUAUACACCUUGAGGCAUUUCACAAGAUAGAAAUUCAGAAUAAAAGCACAAAUUAAAAACUUAAAACAAAACAACCCCCCCCCCAUUUUAAAGGCUGUAGAAUAUUAAUCAGCCGAAGGCCUUUGUGAAGAGGAACGUUUUUGCCUGGUGCCUAAAGACGUAUAACGAAGGCACCAGAUGAACAUACCUGAGUUAAAGUUCCAUAACAAGCUGUAAACCACCAGAGCACUGGGUUGCUGAAAAGAAAGAGAGCUUCAACUGAAGUAAUUUUUAAAAGCUUUGAAUGUGGGGGAAGGAAACCCCCAUGGAAUAAACCAGCUCUUCCACUGAAGCCAGCAAGAGGGUUUCCUUUGCUGAGCAAGCCCUAGGCUACAGAAAGUCACCAUGACUGCCUCAAUUUAUAUAAUCCGGCUGCAGCACACAAAUCCAGUCAUCAUUUUGGAUGAGGUCAUGAGAAGACUCGUGUGACAGGCAAUUGCAUUGCUAGCUUCCGUUAGACCCAAGGGUGGAUCACCUUUUUCUGAUCAAGGACUGCAUUUCCUUCUGGUGGGUGUGGCCAGAGGCAAAAGUGGGCGGAGCAACAAAUAUGAAUCUUUGCCUUUGUACAGCUUGUUUCACACCCCAAAAAAGCUUGGAGAGCUACUUUUGGCCCCUUGCCUCUGAGGCCUGAGGUGUCCCCCCCGCUUUAGACCUUGGCUGGGAUAUUACAACCAGUUUUGUGAUGGCUUGGGGUCCAAGAUGGCCUCUCUCCAUAUGGGCUGGCCCAUUUUCUGUGACUGUCAUGGGAGGCCCAGCCCAUGGUCCUGUCGAGAGGUAUGGCCCGUGGGAUGGUGUCAUGAGGCAGGGUCUGCUUGGUGGUGGCUCUCCCGCUCAUGGAACUCCCAGCUCUGGGGAAAGUUGGCUGUCCUCGUCGUUGACAACUGUUAAGCGUCACUUGAAGAUGCGUUUAGUCAUUCAUUCAAACCUUUGGUAUAUAGACGCAGUGAGGAGUCCAUUGGCUUAAGUAUUACCGUAUUUACGGUGCCUGUAGCAUCACACUUUUGAGUUUUUAUAUAGGUUUUAGCUACUAUUUUAGUAAUGGGUGUUAUCGCGAUUGUCAUUUGCGAUGGCUGCAUGACAGUCUGGGCUCCUGUGGGAGGAAGGUAGGAAACCCAUAAGGGUGAUGAAAAAUAAUUUAAGAUGUCCUGUUUUAAGCAGCUUCUGUGAUAUCCACGAAAGUAUAUUUUAAAUGGUCAGAACAUCUCUUCAGACUCCCUUUUCCUUUUUUGCAGGACAUCAAAGCCUUCACAGAAAAGUGAGUAGACCGUACGACUGAACCUCCUGCUUCUGUUCUCAACCCUCUCAACAAACAUCUAUUUACUUAACUUCAUCUGAGGAUGUAACUAGAGCUGUGCCAGCAAUAUUGGUAGAGGGUGGACCAGGGCCUUUUGUGGCUCCUUGAUCUUCUGCCUCUCCCCAUCACUUUUUAAAACUAUUUUUAAAAAAACUCUGCUUCUAGCUUUCUCUGUCUCCUGUUUGUUUUCUACUCAUGAUCUAUGAUCCACAACUAGAGCUCAUUCCCUGCUAGAUCAGGAAUAUAACAUCAGUGCCUUUUGCAUUGAUUAAUCCACACUAGCAACUACCCCCGUGUUUGAAUAAUGUAGUAUGGCUCUUAUUUAGGAGCUACAGUGGUGCCCCGCAAGACGAAUGCCUCGCAAGACGGAAAAACCGCUAGACGAAAGGGUUUUCCGUUUUGAAGUUGCUUCGCAGGACGAAUUCCCCUAUGGGCUUGCUUCGCAAGACGAAAAUACCUUGCGAGUCUUGAGAUUUUUUUCGCUUUUCCCCCUUUAUCUAAUCUGCUAAGCCUUUAAUAGCCUUUAAUAGCCUUUUAGCAGCUAAUCCCCUAAGCCUUUAAGCCUUUAAUAGCCGCUAAACAGCUGAUAGCGCUAAUAGCGCUAAUCCGUCAAUGGGCUUGCUUCGCAAGACGAAAAAACCGCUAGACGAAGACUCUUGCGGAACGGAUUAAUUUCGUCUUGCGAGGCACCACUGUAAAUGAUCAUUAGUACAAAGAGCAGCACUUUCAGAUCUGGCCACUAGGUGGAGAUAAAGAGCAGCUUGUGACACUCAUAAUCAUGGAUUCUACUUUAUACGAUCUUUUUCCUGUUCUUGCAGAUAUUGCCCUGGUGAUGACAAAGGAUCCACACUGCCUGUGGUCGCCCGUGAGUUCAGCCUGGGCCAGUUUAAGGGCCCUAUUCAGUACAUGGUGUGGAAGGAGAUGCUGCCAGCUCUGAGACCUUGUAAGUAUCGGAGCGGUGAGGAUUUAUUGCCACAACAGCUUGGCAUAAACUGUUUCUGUGAUGCUGUGGCAAAAUCUGUGACUUGAGGCCAGAGCUGCUCUGCUCUAAUAAUAAUAAUAAUAAUAAUAAUAAUAAUAAUAAUAAUAUAUUAUGUAUACGCCACCCAUCUGGCUGGGUUUCCCCAGCCACUCUGGGUGGCUCUCAACCAAAUAUUAAAAACACAAUACAGCAUUAAACAUUAAAAACUUCCCUAAACAGGGCUGCCUUCAGAUGUCUUUUAAAAGUCGGAUAGUUGUUUAUUUAUUUGACAUCUGAUGGGAGGGCGUUCCACAGGGUGGGUGCUACUACCAAAAAGGCCCUCUGCCUGGUUCCCUGUAACCUCACGUCUCUCCGUGAGGGAACCGCCAGAAGGCCCUCAGUGCUGGACCUCUGUGUCCGGGCUGAACAAUGGGGGUGGAGAUGCUCCUUCAGGUAUACUGGACCAAGGCCGUUUAGGGCUUUAAAGAUCAGCACCAACACUGAAUUGUGCUUGGAAAUGUACUGGGAGCCAGCUUAGGUCUUUCAAGACCGGUGUUAUGUGGUCUUGGCGGCCACUCCCAGUCACCAGUCUAGCUGCCACAUUCUGGAUUAGUUGUAGUUUCUGGGUCACCUUCAAAGGUAGCCCCACGUAGAGUGCAUUGGAGUAGUCCAAGCGGGAGAUAACCAGAGCGUGCACCAGUCUGGCGAGACAGUCUGUGGGUAGGUAGGGUGUCAGCCUGUAUUCUAGAUAGAGCUGGUAGACAGCUGCCCUGGACACAGAAUCAACCUGUCCCUCCAUGGACAGCUGUGAGUCCAAAAUGACUUCCAGGCUGCGCACCUGGUCCUUCAGUGGGCUUCAGUUACCCCGUUCAGGACCAGGGAGUCCUCCACACCAGCCCGCCCCCUGUCCCCCAGGAACAGUACUUCUGUCUUGUAAGGAUCAACCUCAAUCUGUUAGCCGCCAUCUAUCCAAAAGUGUGUGUGUGUGUGUGGAAUUUUGCAUCUCUUUUGACCCUUGCCCCAUCUGAAGCAAACUGGGAUAGCUGAUCUGGUAGAGCAUGAGAACCUUAAUUUCAGGAUCAUGGGUUUGAGCCCCAAAAAUUCCUGCAUUGCAGGGGGCUGGACUAGAUGAUUCUUCCAAUUUUACAGUUUUAUGAUUCUUUGAAGUGCCAUGCCUGCUCUUGUACCAAGUGCCAGCUGAUGAAAGAUCUCCAGUUAACACAACUGGGUUGCGACUCGUGAAACCUGAGUUCUUUGUGUGGUUUAGGGUGGACAUGAGAGAAGAGCAGGGCUUUAUCUGAGGAGAUAAAGAAAUAAAGAACUAAACAACUUUUAGAAGAUAUCUGAAGGCAGCCCUUUAAACUUUUUUUAAAAAAGUUUGACAUUUUAAAAUGUUUUUAUAUGUGUCAGAAGCCACCCAGAGUGAUUGGGGCAACUCAGCCUGAUGGGCAGGGUAUAAUAAUAAUAAUAAUAAUAAUAAUAAUAAUAAUAAUAAUGCUGCCUUUAACCCAGGCUUCCUCAACCUCAGCCCUCCAGAUGUUUUUGGCCUACAACUCCCUGAUCCCUAGAUAGCAGGACCAGUGGUCAGGGAUGAUAGGAAUUGUAGUCUCAAAACAUCUGGAGGGCCGAGUUUGAGGAAGCCUGCUUUAAUCACUAUGUGGCAGGCAGAAAUUUAACAGGUUAUGCCUUUUCAAGACUGGGACUAAAAUUACAGGUAAAGUUUCUCCUGUUGACAUUGUGGCUAGAUCUACACAGCUACAAAAAAACCCGCUGUGAAAACACUCUGCGAGAAACCAUUGCAAAGCUCACAACUGAAAAUAUCACUGAGCUGCGAUUUUAGCUCUGCAGUCCCAUCCAGUGUCACAGUGUUAUAACGCAUUUAUAAGGCUGCAUUUUGACUAAUGUAGAUGAGGCCUCUGUCUGUCUUGUUGUGUGUGGCCCCUGAUUUAUCACUGGGCCCUCUACCCUACUUGCCAAAGACAAUACGAAUUUGUAUGUGAAGCAAAGGAUAUGCAGAUCAUAGCUGUCAACCUUCCCUUUGUUUGCGGGAAAUUCCCUUAUUCCAGCGCCAUUUCCCGCUGCUUCCCGCUGCUAUCCCGGAUUGUUAGAUAUCUUGUAGACUGUCCCCGGGACAGGUGAGGCUGCUGAUCCCUUAUUUUCAAAUCUGAAAGUUGACAGCAAUGAUGUAGAUACAUGUCCUCUUUGUGUAAGAAGGGUGGGGGGGCCUUGUGUAAGAAGGGUGUGCUGGGCCCAGAAAAUCCUUUUGGCACCUCUGAGGUAAAAACUGGACAGCCUGUUUAGUGUAGAUCUCUCCUGCAUCCAACAUUUCUGAAUGUAAUGUAAGGUGUCGGUAACCAUUACGUCGGUCGUAUCCCAACAGCUCCCUGUCAAAUCACCUUGGAUCCUGCCACCAACCACCCCAACCUUGUGCUCUCCAAGGACCUUGAUAGCGUUCGUCUGGAAGACAACCCUGAGGACGAGGUCCCUGACGGGCCUGAGAGGUUCAGCAAGUGCGUGUGUGUGCUGGGCUCUCAGGGAUUUACCUCAGGACGCCAUUACUGGGAAGUAGAGGUGAGGAAUAAAACCAGCUGGGACAUUGGCGUGGCCAAGGAGUCCGUCAACAGGAAGGAAGCCAAAGUGAAAGUCAAGCCCAGCAAUGGAUUCUGGGCCAUCUGGCUGAGGAACGGUAGCGAAUACAAGGCCCUUGAGUCUCCCCCCAAGCUGCUGUCCCUCAAGGCCAAGCCCCAGAAAGUCGGGGUCUACCUGGACUAUGAAGCGGGGCAGGUCUCCUUCUACGAUGCUGAUACCAUGCUCCACAUCUACACCUUUUCAGACAUCUUCUCUGAGCGCCUCUACCCCAUGUUCAGCCCUGGAGUCAACAAAGAUGGGCUCAACGGUGAAGCCCUCCACCUCCUAUCCCUGCGGGCAUAGCAAGGGCCGUACCUGGAAGUCCCAUCAAGCCCCACCAGGACGCUGUUUCAUUUGCAAACGGUCUUAAUUUAUGUUGAGUUGCUGGAUUAGAGUGGACUUGGACCAGGUGGUGCCUGGCUAGGAAACCACUGGCGCCCCAUGCAAAGCUGCUCUGAGCUUCCCAAGGAAAGAAUGAGCAGAAUUCAAAGUGUUGGUGCUGACUUUUAAAGCUCUAAACGGCCUCGGCCCAGUAUACCUGAAGGAGUGGCUCCACCCCCCAUCAUCCAGCCCGGACACUGAGGCCCAGCUCAGAGGGCCUUCUGGUGGUUCCCUCACGGCGAGAAGCAACGUUACAGGGAACCAAGGGCCUUCUUGGUAGUGGCGCCUGCCCUGUGGAAUGCCCUCCCAUCAGAUGUCAAGGAAAUAAGCAACUAUCUGACUUUUAGAAGACAUCUGAAGGCAGCCCUGUUUAGGGAAGUUUUUAAUGUUUGAUGUUUUAUUGCUAUUAUUAUUAUUAUUAUUCUGUUGGGAGCCACCCAGAGUGGCUGGGGAAACCCAGCCAGAUGGGUGGGGUAUAAAUAAUAAAUUAUUAUUAUUAUUAUAAAGGUAUAAUAGGAACUUGCAUUGUUCUGUGGUGUAUCAGAACCUGGGGCACUGCCUUGAAGGAAAUAUUGGCACAGAUGAUGCUAGUGAUAUAAGACGAGGGAGGGAGGGCAGAAAAGAGACCUGAAAGUAAAUGAUGAAGCUCUGGACAAUGUAAAACGACAACUGACCUACGCACAUGUUUUAGAAACCACACAUCCGCAAUUUUGACUGAAGAGGUAGAGCAGCCAGAAUCUAAACGUUUCAGCUUUGAAAUGGGAACCACGGACUGUCAGAUUUAGAGACACCGACUGAUCCUCCUACUUUAGCAAAGAGGGGGAAACUUCUACAUCAGGCUUCCUCAACCUUGGCCCUCCAGAUGUUUUUGGCCUACAACUCCCGUGAUCCCUAGCUAGCAGGACCAGUGGUCAGGGAUGAUGGGACUGUAGUCUCAAAACAUCUGGAGGGCCGAGGUUGAGGAAGCUUGUUCUAAAUGUACAUGCAGGACACAUUAAAGCCACAUGACCUCAGCCUGGAGAGGGCAGCCCAAUAUCCCGUAGCUUCAGCGAACAUUGCCUUUCUGAACAUCUCCAAAACUGCCACCUUGACAACAGCAUCAUUUCAUUUUUUAUUUUAGCAGCAGAGGAAGGCAGAAGUUGAAGCGUUUUGCCAUUGGAAUAAAAUGUUUCCUGUUAAUCGCAGUGAGCCCUGUGUGUGUGUGUGUUUGUGCAAAGCCAGGAUUAGUCUCCCUAGCUUACUCUCUGC